AUGGAUAUUGGAGAGAAGACCUAUAAUUGUUAUGAUUAUGGUAAAGUUGUUAACCAGUCUUCACAACUUAUUCAACAGCAGAUAAUUCAGAGUAAGCGGAAACACUGCAAGUGUAAUACAUGUGGAAAAGUCUUUAGUAACUCACCAAAUCGAAGUAGACAUAGGAAAGUUCAUACAGGAUGGAAGCAUUUCAAAUGUACAGCAUGUGGCAAAGCCUUUAAUCAGAGUUCAUAUUUAACUGAAAAUCUGGAAAUCCAUGCUGGGGAGAAACCAUACAAAUGUACAGAAUGUGACAAAGUCUUUAUCUGCUCUUCAUGUGUUACUCAACAUCAGCAAAUUCAUACUAGGGAGAGAUCUUAUAAAUGUACAGCGUGUGGCAAGGCUUUUAAGCAGAGUUCAACUUUAAUUCAACAUCAGCGAAUCCAUAGUGGGGAGAGACCUUAUAAAUGUACACACUGUGGCAAAGCCUUUAUCAAUUAUUCAUUUCUUACUCGACAUCAGCGAAUCCAUACUGGGGAGAGACCUUAUGAAUGUACAGCAUGUAGCAAGGCUUUUAAGCAGCGUUCAACUUUAACUCAACAUCAGCGAAUCCAUACCGGGGAAAGACCUUAUAAAUGUACAGCAUGUGGCAAAGCCUUUAUCCGUUAUUCUUUUCUUACUCAACAUCAGCGAAUACAUACUGGGGAGAGACCUUGUAAAUGUACAGCGUGUGGCAUGGCUUUUAAGGAGAUUUCAACUUUAACUCAACAUCAGCGAAUCCAUACUGGGGAGAGACCUUAUAAAUGUACAGCAUGUGGCAAGGCUUUUAAGCAGAGUUCAACUUUAACUCAACAUCAGCGAAUCCAUACUGGGGAGAGACCUUAUAAAUGUACAGCAUGUGACAAGGCUUUUAAGCAAAGUUCAGGUUUAACUGAACAUCACCGAAUCCAUACUGGGGAGAGACCUUUUAAAUGUACAGAAUGUGACAAAGCCUUUAUCAGUUUUUCAGUUCUUACUCAACAUCAGCGAAUCCAUACUGGGGAGACACCUUAUAAAUGUACAGCGUGUGGCAAGGCUUUUAAUCAGCGUUCAGCUUUAAAUAAACAUCAGCGAAUCCAUACUGGGGAGACACCUUAUAAAUGUACAGAAUGUGGCAAGGCUUUUAGGCGGAGUUCAACUUUAACUCAACAUCAGAGAAUCCAUACUGGGGAGAGACUAUAUAAAUGUACAGCAUGUGGCAAGGCUUUUAAGCGGAGUUCAACUUUAACUCAACAUCAGCGAAUCCAUACUGGGGAGAGACCUUAUAAAUGUACAGCAUGUGGCAAAGCCUUUUCCCAGAGUUCAAGUCUUUCUCGACAUCAGAGAGUUCAUGCUGCAGAGAAAUGUUAGAAAUGUAAGGAAUGUGGCAAAGGAUUUCCUCACAGUCAUCACCUCACUCACAGUCAGAGAAUUCAUACU